CCAAACAGCAUGGCAAACCUUCUGUGGUCCAUCAUCUGGCUAAUCGUGCUGCUUGUGGUUGGUUUCUUCGUGGCAUUCUUCUGCGCCGGCUGGUAUGUCGUAGUCUAUCCGAUCACGGUAUGCGUGCCGGAUAUAGCGGUCGUGUCCGAUUUCUUACUGAAAGGAGCACAGUUUACGCACUACUGUGUCAAGUGCAUGAUGGAGGGAAAAUCUCUGUUCUAAAACCGUGGCAAGCGACCGUGGUUAAUGUUUG